ACAAAAUUGUAACAAAAAUGGCUGCCCCUUGAAAUCCUGCAGAAUUACCUAAAUAAUAAGUCAUAAGUCACUAAUAGUACUGCACUUGUGUAUCCUGAAAAUAGAAGAAUAAAGCCAGAUGAAACCGUGGAUCUGAUGGUUGGCACCAAAAUACCGCAGUCAGAAUUGCGACAAAUCAUCUCGCAGAAACAGAACAAAUGUGUUCUUGGAAAGGAUGUGGAAAACUACAGGAGAAAACUGAAAGACCCCUGCACUGACAGUGAAGGAGUAGAGAAAAUUCUAAAUAGUAUAAAGGUUGGUGGUGGAAUGGUGAAGUAUGGUGUGACACCAGAAAAUGAAUUUUUGUAUUUGGCAUACAUGACCAAGGAAAUGAUAGGUUCACUUAAAGCCAACAAAACCAUAUUGAUAAUAGAUUGCACUUAUAAAGUCAAUGAGUAUUUAUUUCCAUUGUUGAAUGUUAUGUGUAUUGAUGCCAAUGGUAAUGGUGUACCUGUGUUGCAUGCUUUUGUAAGGAAUGAGAGUGUUGAAAUUUUGUCUGAAUGUUUGAGUGUAUUACAUGAUGUGUGUGUGGAGCCUCAAUUUUUUUUUGUAGAUAAAGAUUUUAGUGAAAUAGGUGCUAUCAAACAAUGUUUUCCUCAACCUUUAAUUCGCCUAUGUUCAUUUCACACAAUGACAGCAGUAAAAAAGUAUUUAAAUACAAAUGUCUCAAAGGAAUUAUCCAAUAAAAUUUUUGAUCUAUUUAAAGAACAAUCUUAUACAUUAAGUGAAGAAGCAUUUGAGUUGUUAAAAGUUGACAUCAUUUCAGCAUGUCCCAGUGUUGAAAGCUACUUUCAAAAUAAUUGGUGGUCAAUUUCUGACAUGUGGGCAGCAUGUAGAAAUACAGAUGUUGCAUCUCUACAUAUCACAACUACAAAUCAUGUAGAAUCCUAUCAUUCAAGGAUAAAAAAGCACCUAGAUAGCCACACAACACUCUCAGUAUGUGUAACUAAGCUACUUUUGUUUGAUUCAGAUCUAUCUAAAAUAAAAUCAGCACAACACCACAUUCACAAAAUAACUAAACAUUAUUCUACACUACCAGACACACAUUUGCUUACUUUGUACAAGAAUAUAUUAACACCAUUUGGAGCAGAGUUAGUGGGCCAUCAGAUUUCUUUAUUUAAAAGAUGUAACUACAACAUAGUUCAAAAUGAUACUGACACAUCAUUUUUUUCUAUUUCUAAUACUUGUAAUUCUAAUGAUACCAAUUCAUAUGUGGUUAGCAUGGAUUCUUGCAAUUGUAUUUUCUUCACUAAAUUUUUAUUGCCUUGCAGACAUAUUCUUUCUUUGAGACAUAAACUUUCUUUAGAAAUGGUUUUUCUUCCUGAUGGGUGCCAUUUCCAAAAUAAAUCAUUUAGGGAUGAAGAAUUUGAGGACAUAUCAUCUAUCUCAACUAAUGUAAUUUAUCCAACCAUUAGUGCAAAGACAGCAGAAGGGCGAUUUAAAAUUGUUAAGGACCUGACAAAUGAACUAAACUGUCUGUAUCAGAAUAUGGGGGAACAACAUUUUUUAGUAAAGCUUGAACAGUUAAAGAAAUUUAUUUGUCAUAUCAGGGCCAAUAAGGAAUUUGUUAUUACUAAUGUGUCUGAGGCCUUAGCUGAAACAAACAUUAGUUUGAAUGGUGGGUGUGUUGAUGCAGAGUUUCUUCCAAUUGCCUCAACUUCUCAGGCCUUGGCUGAAACAAAUGUUAGUUUGAAUGGUGAGUGUGUUGGUGAAGAGUUUGUUCCAAUUAAUCUGUCUGGUAGUGAUAUUGUUGACUCAUCUAAAGUUACAACUGAUACAUUUAGUAAUGUAAUGUUGAAAAAAGUAAAAACUAAAGGAAGACCUAAUAAUAAACAACACUUCACAAAGAAAAAAAGACUAGGUUUCCCUUACAGCUCGGUUAGUAAAAAACUUAAAAUUGUUAGCAGUACUGAAAAAGAAGUGGUGGUAAUGUUAAAUGUUCCAGUGCAAAUGAUGUGAAUGUUUUUGUUGAUAACCAUGUUGAAUGUUUAGAAAACAAACGUAAUGGUGAUGAAUGUGCUGAAUGUGGACUAGAAGAGGUUUCAAAAGAGAAUUGUAUAGAUGGGAAGUUGAUGAACUGGAUUGGUUGUAUGGUGUGUGAUAGGUGGUUUCAUGAGUUCUGUUUAUCAAGUAAUAUUUCUGUAGAUUCAUUUAUUUGUAAAUUUUGCAAUUAAAAUGUUAGAAGUGUUUUAAUACAUAUUAACAUUUAAGUCUAUUUGUUAAUUUAACUUUCACUUCAUAAGACCUAUCUUGAGCAUUAAAAGUGUAACAUAAUUCUACCUUUAAUAUAUAAAUGUACUAUUGUAUCAGUAAUACUACCAUUCAAUAAUGUGCUAUUUACUCACCAUAUAUUUGUUAUAAUGCACUUUUUUUUAUCAAAUACAUAUUAAAUUGCUUACAUAAGUUUAUAUAUUAAAUAUUGACUUUGAUAUUGUUUAGCUGAGUAUAUGUGUAAUAUAUUUUUAGCUGUAACAAUUAAAUGUAAUUUUGUACUGGCAUCUUAAUUGUGUAGAUUACUUAUCAUAUUUUUUCUAUUAUUUUACCAGUUUUAUUUAUCAAUUCAUUUUGAUGCAUAUUACAUUGUUUACAUGUCUACUUAUAUACUGACUGAAAAUGUUAUGUAUUAUUAUAUGCUAUAUAUA